AUGGGGCCUCGCCGUCGAGUCAGGGUGGCCAAAUGCCAGAUGCUGGUCACCAGCCUCUUUGUCUUGCUGCUGGGCCUCGCUAUGGCCACCACGGCAGUGCUCACCUACUUCGGGCCUCACUUUGCUGUCAUCGGCCACGCGUCCUCAGAGAGGACCCCCUACGAAGCUUUGCACCUCUGGGCCGUCUCCGCAGGAAUCAUCCUGGCCGGGCUCCUGACCCUGGGGGCUGUGCUGAGUGCUGCAGCCACUGUGAGAGAGGCCAGGGGCCUCAUGGCUGGGGCCUUUCUGUGCUUUGCCCUGGUGUUCUGCGCCCUGGUGCAGGUGGCCUUCUGGAGAUUCCACAACCCCACGCAGGUGGAGGACGCCGUGUUGGACGCCUACGAUCAGGUGUACGAGCAGGCGGUGAAGAGCUCGUCAGGAAUCUGGAGGCAGGAGCUGCUGGCUAUCCAGGACAUGUUUCAGUGCUGUGGUAAGAGCCCCCCCCUCGGCCUCCCGGAGGGCUCGGAGGCUGACCUGUGUAGGGGGCAGGAGGCCGCCAGACAGGACUGCCUGCAGGGGAUCAGGAACUUCCUGAGGGUGCACAGGAACAUCGCCUCCACCCUGAUCAGCCUCGGCCUCGCCUCCAUGGUGUACGUGAUGCUGCUCAGCGCCUUCCUCUGGUUUGCCAUCCGCUCGGGCAAAUACACCCUGAGCCCACGGGACCGUGGCUGCCAGCUGCAGGAGCCCCGCUUCUACAGACGCUGCCAGGAGGGGCCCGCCCCUCAUCACCCGUCUGAAGCAGAUGCUCUCAGGGGCCGUCGGGGUCCAAGCAGUCGCUCGGGUCACCCUCCGCUGCUCCAGGACACCCACCCGCCUACACACAGGAGCAACAGAGACGCUCCGGCCUCGGCCCGCACGCGAUCCUUACCAGGAGGGGAUGAGCUGCUUUCCUCCACAUGGUGGUGGGAUGGGGAGGGAGGGGACCCCGCCAGACAAGCAGCCUCCAUGUAA